GUCUUAACUCAUUCGGCAGUGACCGAAACCAAAUUCAGAAAUCGUCUUCUUCUUUUGUCCUCCUCUUCCAGCAUUCGCAGCUGAUCUCUCGAUCGCCUAACGCUUUCCUUACAGCUUACCUCAUCGUGGUCCAAAAGGGACCUGUGAGAAAUUUGCAAUUGAACAAUUUAUAGGUAUUAAAAAGGACUGGGAAGAUGCCUGCCCAAAAGAUUGAAACGGGGCACCAGGAUACGGUUCAUGAUGUUGUGAUGGAUUACUACGGCAAGAGGCUUGCAACUGCCUCGUCAGACAACACAAUUAAGAUAAUUGGGGUGAGCAGCACAAGUUCUCAGCAUCUGGCUACAUUGAGUGGCCACCAAGGUCCUGUUUGGGAGGUUGGCUGGGCUCAUCCUAAGUUUGGGUCUUUGCUGGCUUCGUGUUGCUAUGAUGGGCAUGUCAUUAUAUGGAAGGAAGGUAACCAAAAUGAGUGGAGCCAAGCUCAUGUUUUUGAAGACCACAAAUCAUCAGUCAACUCAAUUGCUUGGGCCCCUCAUGAAUUAGGUCUUUGUUUGGCAUGUGGUUCUUCUGAUGGAAAUAUAUCAGUAUUUACUGCAAGAGCUGACGGUGGUUGGGACACUGCUAGAAUUGACCAAGCUCACCCAGUUGGUGUGACUUCUGUUUCAUGGGCACCGUCAACUGCACCCGGUGCUCUUGUUGGUUCUGGCUUGCUUGACCCUGUUCAGAAGCUCUGCUCAGGUGGUUGUGAUAAUACUGUAAAGGUAUGGAAGCUAUACAAUGGAACAUGGAAGAUGGAUUGUUUUCCAGCACUUCAAAUGCAUAGUGAUUGGGUUAGGGAUGUGGCUUGGGCACCGAACUUGGGUCUUCCAAAAUCUACCAUUGCUAGUGCUUCGCAGGAUGGAAAAGUUAUCAUAUGGACAGUGGCAAAAGAAGGGGAUCAAUGGGAAGGGAAGGUGUUAAAUGAUUUUAAAGCGCCUGUUUGGAGAGUUACUUGGUCACUGACUGGAAAUAUAUUGGCUGUGUCUGAUGGAACCAACAAUGUAACAUUGUGGAAAGAAGCUGUAGAUGGGGAUUGGCAACAGGUAUCUGUAGUUGAACCAUAGCUCAGUAGCUCUUGAAAUCUUUUCUUGUAAUGUUGCAUUGUGUUUUUCGAUUACAGUUAGGAACAUUUUUAACGACUUCAAGCUUUUGAUUUUGACAUUACUGCACAGGUGAGUGGUUGUGAAGGAUAUCUGAAAAAAGUUUUGGACUUUAGUUCCUGUUGAAUUCUUCAUUCUCAAUCUGAGGAUUGAGUUCAUUACAACAGACAUGCUUAAAUCAUUCUUGUUAAAGUUUCUUUGUUUUUC